UAUUGAACAAAAUUAUGCAAAGUCCAACUGGUGUUGGUGAUGGGGAGUCAUCGGAUGGUGUAAACGGAAGCAAGCGUAAACCCGAGACUGCCAGCAAGGAUAUUGAACAGACAAAGAAGCAAAAGUCGAUGCCAUUCGAUUCAAAUGCCAAUUAUGGAGAAGCAAAGAAAAGCGACACGUUGUUCUUUUGUGAUUAUUGCACCGAUCCGAAUGAUUCCAGCAAAUCGUUCAGUGGUACGGCCGAAGAAGUCCAUGCACAUUGGCUUUCAUCCCAUGUGAAUGAGUCAAUUUCUCAGCCGUCCCAAUGUCAUGGCAUUAAAAAUGAAGCACAACAAACGAAUACGAUGUUCUACUGCGAUCAUUGUAUCGAUUCAAGCGACUCCAGUGAAUUGUGCAGCGGUACAGUUGCCGAGGUCUACGAACAUUGGCUGACAUCACAUCUCAAUGACCGGAUUGCUCAUCCGUUUCAGUUCUAUGCCGUUGAUUUAGCCAAAUGUUUCCACUGUGCAGAGGUCGGCACGUAUCACGAUCUGGUGAAACACCACAAGCACCAACACAAGUCCAAAUUUUUCACAAUUUCUGAUCGAUUGAACCGCGACAGGUGUGGCAUUUGUCACUUCAAAGAUGACAAUUUGAUUGAGCAUUUCAGAAGUAGUCAUGAAUCAGUGUCGUCGUCCAAAAUCUUCAAUCCAGUCUUUUAUUCGGAAGAACGAAUUACGGAGCUAUUGAACAUUAAUGCUGAAAAGGAGCAUCGAUGCAUCGAAUGCAGCCAAACAUUCGAAACACACGUCGAAACGUACCAACAUUUUGCAGUUGCACAUGCCGACCAAGACGUGAAUCCGUUUGUCGGUGGCCAAAGCCAGCCAGUCUAUUUGAUUUGUGGUUUCUGCAUGAAAAUCGUUGCUGUUAAUCAAUUUUUACACCAUUUUAAGAAGCAUUCGUACAAUUUUCCAUGCUCAAAAUGCGCAUAUCGAUCAUCUGAUCUGGCCGAAUUGGUGUUCCACGAGAGAAAAGUCCACAGCAAUGACUCUUUGAACUAUCAUUGUGCAGUAUUUCCCGAUUGGCUGCGCAACAAAUUUCACAACACAAAAAUGGUGUUCCCGAAUGGUCUCGUUUUAAAGAAUUUCAACGUUCUCGGAACCAAAUUCGAUGACAGUAAAUUGUUUGGCGUUUUCAUCGAGGGCAUUUUGGAUGCGAAAAAAGAAUGUUUGGAGCAAAUGAUGAAAAUGAAUCCUGCGAGUUCCAAUGAUGGGGAGACACAAAAAGAGCAAAUAUCGCAGGAAGGGCCAGUAGCAGCACCAUCGGCACUUGACGCAACACUUAUUGCCGAACUGAAUAAGCAACUUUGUCUCAGACAUAAUUUGUAUGUUGAUGGAAUUCGAAGCUGCCUCAAAGACAUUGGCCUACAGAAUGUAUUUCUGAAAUUAUGCCAACAGCUAGAGGUAAAUAUGUCAGCCAGUGAUAUUAAACGGAUUGAGGAGAAGAACAGCAAUGGAAUGUCUGUGGAACUACACCGAAUGGACUUGAAGAUGAUGAUCUUGAACCGCAUGAAAACACGAACAAUUUGGUCAAAUGAAUUGGUGCAGUUGUCCGAAGACCAAACACCAUGGAAAAUUUCAAUUAUCAAGGAAUUGACACCAUAUUAUUCCGGCAUUUGGCGAAAGGCAGUUGAACUUUCAAAACGAAACGCAAUACAUUCGUUACGAAUUACCGAUGAAGGGUUAAAGGUGACGCGUACACCCACUGAAGCGGGACAUACCGUGCGGUCAGAACAAGAGCUAUUGGAUUACAUCGAGAAAACGGAGCAUCAACAUGAAUAACGUUGCCAAUUUCUCCUCAAGCAAACUUUUUCAGGUUUCAUUAGAAGAAGCUUCUGCUUCUGUGAAGGAAAACUUAGUUUUAAGCCAUUCAAAACUAAUAAUAUUCUUUUAAAGAUUUUAGGACUACAAGUUUUUUAUGUUUUUUUUCCUCAAUCAAUGGGAUUUUAUUUUGAUAACCAUAAUUCAAGAACUUUUAUAAAAUAAUCAACAAAAAAAUGGA